AUGAGUAAUUUCCAGGUGCUGUGGUUCAUGGAACUCUACCACUUCUCUGGUACCGGGCCCUGGGAUGACAAGGGCAGUGUCAAUUGUGGCCUCCAUACAGCAUCUCCAGGAGGAACCCAUGGGGGGUCCAGGGGGAAGAUUAACUGGCCCCAAACGGAACUGAAGAAGAAGCUGUUCAAGCACUGGUGGGUGUUAAAUGGAGAGAAGCAACUGAGGCAUCAGGUGGUCAGAGCUGUGAUAGAUGAAGGGCUGAUCACACGGCAUCACCUCAAGAAGUGGGCAUCCAGUGCACGUGGCAAUAUUACUCUGUCAGGGAAGAAAUGUGGAAAACUCCUGCUGAAGAUCUGGCUUGCUCAGAAAGAAAAGGUAGCAAUGGAAGUUGAAGUCCCUUCAAAACCAGCCAGGACUAGUGAACCACAGCCCAAACGACAGAAGAAGAUCAAACCCCCCCAGGAUGUAGACAUGGAGAAUCUUGAGAAUGAGAGCUAA